GGCGUAGGAAAAUAUGAUCCGAAUCGUUGAAGAAACUGUCUCCUUGUGCGUAUGUUUCGUUUUGAUCCCACAUUCUUAAAGCUUCAGAAAUUGAUCAGAAUGGGAGAAGCUGGUCAAUCCAGAGACGGAGAAUCUGUUACGCCUCUUGUUGGCGGUGGAACUGUGGACAAUGCGGUUGCACCACAAGUGUUUAAUUCUUUACCAGCUCUCAAUGAAGCUGCUUCUUAUAUAACCCAAGCAACGUCUUACUUGGGCAGCUGUUUUUCUGACUAUUCAGUUGAAUAUGGUGGCAAGGAUUCAUGUAAUUCUAUUUCACACCCCCAUGAGUUGAUAAGAUCAACAUCAGGAGUUGAUGGGAAUUCCCCAGUGAGUGUAUGCAUUUCGCCUGGUGAAAGGUUUUCAACUUCUUCAGAGGCAUCUACAUCUGCUGCCAACAGCCCGUCUAGGGAAUCUACAGAGACUCUGCCGCAGGCAACAAAUGCAAUAGUGACUUCGAAUCGGUUAGGUUUUAAUGGAAUUUCGAUGUUCCAAGGGCUCAUUGAGCGGGCACGGAGGACUGUCCGUGGCUCGGCAGAUGACAUAGGAUGGCUACAGCGUGACCCGGAGAUGCCUCCUGUUGAAGAUGGAACUGAGAGGUUCAAUAAAAUUCUGGAGGACAUCGGGCAUGGUGUACACAGGCUUCCAAAUACAGUGGUGUACUUGUUGGUUCCAGGUCUUUUCAGCAAUCAUGGACCUCUAUAUUUUGUGGAUACGAAAACGAAAUUCUCAAAGAUGGGUUUGGCCUGUCAUAUUGCGAAGAUUCACAGCGAGUCUUCGGUUGAGAAAAAUGCAAGAGAGAUAAAGGAAUACAUAGAGGAACUCUGUUGGGGAUCUAAUAAGCGGGUUCUACUUCUUGGGCAUAGCAAAGGAGGCAUAGAUGCAGCUGCUGCUUUAUCACUAUACUGGCCUGAUCUAAAGGAUAAGGUCGCUGGUUUGGUAUUGGCGCAGAGUCCAUAUGGUGGAAGCCCAAUAGCUACUGAUAUCCUCCGUGAAGGACAACUAGGUGAUUACGUCAAUCUGAGAAAGAUGAUGGAGAUUCUGAUCUCCAAAGUCAUAAAGGGUGACAUUCAAGCUUUGGAAGAUUUAACCUAUGAGAGAAGAAAAGAGUUCUUGAAGAAUCAUCCGCUUCCCCGAGAACUCCCCACGGUUUCAUUCCGCACAGAAGCUAGCAUUAGCCCAGCGGUUCUGUCCACUUUGUCACACGUAGCACACGCGGAACUCCCUCUGACAAACCAAGCCGCAAAACUGCCAGUGGUAAUGCCACUUGGUGCUGCAAUGGCUGCUUGCGCUCAGCUGCUUCAAGUCAGAUACGGUGAAAAGAGUGACGGCUUAGUGACUUGCUGUGACGCAGAGGUUCCUGGUUCUGUGGUUGUUAGACCCAAACGUAAACUAGACCAUGCCUGGAUGGUUUACUCUUCCUUAAACGAGGGUGCUUUAGAAGCUGAUGCUGCUCAAGUUUGCGAGGCUCUCUUGACUUUGCUUGUCCAAUCGCACAAAGAUCAGACAAGAUUAGAGUUUGGUCGAAUUUGGAAGACCGGCGAGCCUGACCGUAAAAGGCGUCACUUUAGCUCCAUAUCACCCUCUGAAGCUGCAGCCGCCGUAAAGAAACAGCCUUUCUUUUGGCCCUCCUCCGAGGACAAGCUUGAUACUGCAGUUAUUCAGUUCCAAAAUCUACAGCUAUCGCAAAAGCUAGAGGCUCAGCAGGUUGAGUGUUCUAUUUUUGAGGAUAAACUUUCUCAGAUCAAGGAAAAACAAUUACCAUACAGCUCCAGUUUGAAGACUGUCCAUAAGUCUUGGGAAAAGCAGCUUAAAGCUACAGUGGAAUCAUGCUCUGUUCGUGUGAGUGAUUCAAGCAGCGGAGCUCAUAGGUUUGUAAACAAGGAGGAUGGGUCCUCUCCAGCCGUGAAAAACGAUUUCAUCAACCGGCUACUCGAAACUGGUGCCACUGAGAGCUCCUCAUCCAAUAUCUGCUCGAAUCGGAUGGAAGAAAAUGGAGUGAAUACGUCAAGCCAGAUGACGCAAACCUUGUCUAACCUAGUAGCCGCGACAGAUGAUUUGAGGUCUCUGAAGGAUGAAUUGUAUCCCACAGUUCUCAGAAGCAGUCUUGGUAAAGAUUUGUGCAGUCACCUAGCUCUGAGUGAGUUGGAAUCAGAAAUUAAAAGUUUCAGAGGGGAUCUAGAUGAUGUACUAGUGAAGUUCAAAUCACUUUCUAGAGAAUUGCAGAGUCAUCGCGAUGCUGAUGCUAAAGUUAGAGCAGACCUCAAACGAAUAAGAGGGGAGCUAGAGGAUGAGGUCGUGGAGCUUCAGCAGUGUAAUGGUGACUUGUCAGCAUUGAGAGCAGAAAGAGAUGCAACAGCAGGGGCGUUUUUCCCAGUGUUGAGCCUUGGAAAUAAGCUUGCUACCAGUGAUAGGGAAAGGGAUAAACAAAGGGAUCUGCACGACAUGGAAACAGUUCUGAAAGAGUUAACGGUCCUGGCUUCAGGCAGGCUACAAGAGCUAAAAGAUCUUCAUGAGGAGAGGACAAAGAUGCUUGAAAAAAUGAGUAAUUUACAGAACAAGUCAAAGUCUGUGAGGUGCAUCUCAUCUUCUCAAGCCUGCCUUUCUUUAAAAGACCAGCUAACAAAAUCAAAAGAAGCAGUUUUCCAGUAUAUGGCUUUACUUGAGAAACUGCAGGUUGAAAAAGAUAGUAUAGUCUGGAAGGAAAGGGAGAUGAAUAUAAAAAAUGAACUAGUUGAUGUUUCUCGAAGGACUUCUGCUGUUGCUGAUUCCAGAAUGGCUUCUUUAGAUUCGGAGAUACAGAAACAACUGGAUGAAAAAAUGCGAAUCAAGACUAGGCUGGGAAAUAUAUCAAGAGAGCGAGGUAGAAAAGAAAUCUUUGCAGAUAUGAAGGCAUUAAUUUCUUCGUUCCCCGAGGAAAUGAGUUCCAUGCGUAGUCAAUUGGACAAUUAUAAAGAGACUGCUGGAGGUAUUCAUUCUCUACGGGCUGAUGUCCAGUCCCUCUCUGGGGUUCUAUGUAGGAAGACAAAAGAGUGUGAAGCAUUGCAUUUGACAUCAGCUGAUUAUGCUUCUCAGUUAGGCGACCUGAACGCUACGGUUUGUGAUUUGAAGAACAGUCAUGAGGAGUUAAAGUUAUUUCUGGACAUGUAUAAACGUGAGUCCACUGAUCCGAGGGACAUAGCUGAAGCCAAGGAACAGGAGUACAGGGCUUGGGCUCAUGUUCAGAGUUUGAAAUCAUCCCUUGAUGAGCAAAAUCUGGAGUUGCGCGUUAAGGCAGCAAAUGAAGCUGAAGCCGUUUCCCAACAAAUGUUGGCUGCUGCAGAAGCAGAGAUUGCUGAUUUAAGGCAGAAGAUGGAUGAUUGUAAACGGGAUGUCGCCAAGCAUUCUGAUAUCUUGAAAUCUAAACAUGAAGAACAUGGAACAUAUCUUUCUGAAAUACAGACAAUUGGAAGUGCCUACGAGGACAUUGUACCGCAAAACCAACAGCUUUUGCUUCAAGUUACAGAGAGGGAUGACUAUAACAUCAAGCUUUUCUUGGAAGGCAUAACUUCAAGGCAGAUGCAAGAUACUCUGCUUAUCGAUAAAUACAUCAUGGAUAAGGAUAUACAGCAAGGCAGUGCAUAUGCCAGUUUCCUAUCUAAGAAAUCAUCAAGAAUUGAAGAUCAGUUGAGGUUCUGCACAGAUCAGUUUCAGAAACUAGCCGAAGAUAAAUAUCAAAAGUCUGUUUCUCUUGAAAAUCUGCAAAAGAAACGUGCAGACAUUGGGAAUGGCUUGGAACAAGCUAGGUCGAGGAUGGAGGAGUCCCAUUCUAAAGUUGAGCAAAGUCGGGUGGAUUAUGGGGCAUUAGAACUGGAACUGGAGAUUGAAAGGUUCAACAGGAGAAGGAUAGAGGAGGAAAUGGAAAUAGCCAAAAAGAAAGUUUCUCGUCUUCGGUCUCUCAUAGAAGGAUCAUCGGCCAUUCAAAAGCUCCGACAAGAACUCAGUGAAUUCAAAGAAAUUCUGAAGUGUAAGGCCUGCAAUGAUCGCCCAAAAGAGGUGGUGAUUACGAAGUGCUACCAUUUGUUCUGUAACCCAUGUGUGCAAAAGCUCACAGGAACUCGGCAAAAAAAGUGUCCAACAUGCUCAGCAAGUUUUGGACCUAAUGAUAUUAAACCUAUCUACAUAUGACCGCACCAAAACUCUCUGAGCAUGAUGAUGUAUGAUGAAACUGUGAACCACACACAGGUACUUUUUCUCAUAUAGGAUAAACAUUAGAUCUCUCUGUAAUUAUUACUCUCUUUUAUUGGGAAAGGUCAUGAAGAAUAAUGGUAUAUGGCAAAUCAGAAGUUUUGAGGAACCAUUGUGGGAUUUUUGAUCAUGUGAUAGAGAAUAGGUAACACUUUUAGGGUUUAUGUCUUUGGCUAUCCUUCCUUUUUGUUUGUAAUUUGGAACAUGGUUUCUGCAAUUGAUUUUUCAAUUAAUCUUCUUUUUGUUUUACAUUUGUUGUAUGAUCCAAACGUGUGUUCUAAGAUUCUCAAUUUAUAAAACACGAGGCAAGAU